AUGUCCCCCCUCUCCAAAACGGCGCACCGCCGCCUGUACGUGCUGGUGGGCGCCAUCGUGAGCCUCCAGGUGUACUUGGCCUCCAGCUACACGCACUUCUCCCCCGACCGGCUCCACCUCCCCCACGCCUCCCAAUCCCAUUCCUCACCAGAGCAAGACAAUGCACCCGCCUACUCAAUAAACGGCCAAAUCCCGCCCGACUGCCCUCCCCUCCCAGGCCUCGACAACAUCGUCCUCGUCCUCAAAACCGGCGUCACCGAGUCCGCCACCAAACUGCCCAUCCACCGCAACACCACCCUGCGCUGCAUCCCCAACUACAUCGUCUGGAGCGACUACGACGAGAACAUCGCCGAUAUCCCCGUCCACGACGUGCUAUACAACGAGUCCUCAAGCCUGCACCAGCUCCCAGACUUCAACCUCUACACGCGGGUGCAGGAGCAAGGCCGCGACGCCCUAACGAGCCACGAUCUCUCCGGCGUGCGCGAGGAGUCCACAGCCUUCGGGAAGAGCAAUCCAGGCUGGAAACUGGACAAGUGGAAAUUCGUGCCCAUGAUCUCGCACACCCUGAAACAGUUCCACAGCCCGCAGAACAAGUGGUAUGUCUUCGUCGAGGCGGACACGUACAUCCUCCUCCCGAACCUCCUCUCGUGGCUGGGCCGACUCGAUGCCUCGAGGCCGUGGUAUCUCGGCAACCAGAUGCAGAUACGGGAUAUCCUGUUCGCGCACGGCGGGAGCGGCUUCAUCCUGUCCAGACCGGCGAUCGAGGCCGCGAAUGGCAUCAUCCUCGAUAAGAGGGGAUACUGGGACGCCAUCACGCAGAGCGAAUGGGCGGGCGACUGUGUGCUGGGGAUCCUGCUCGGCCAGGCCGGCGUGGAACUCACGUGGAGCUGGCCGAUGCUGCAACUUGCGCCGCCCAAGGAGAUCGAGUUCUUCGGGAUGAACUACGGGCGGCGCAUGUGGUGUUUCCCCGCUGUGAGCUUCCAUCAUCUUGAGCCGGGGGAGAUACGGGAGCUUGUGCGGGUUGAGCGGGGGAUUGUGGGCCAGAGAGGCCGGGCGGACGAGCCGAUUACGUGGCGCGAUAUCUUCCUUAAUCUUGCGCGGCCGGCGAUGGUCAGCGACGAGGAUGGGGAUGGCGUGCGGCGGGACUGGGAUAAUGGGGCGUCUGAGGAUAAAGGUGUUACGCUGUCUGUGCAGGACUGUCGGGAUCUGUGUGCGGCGGAUAGGUACUGCUUGCAGUUUGUAAGGAGGGCCGAUGGGACGUGUCUUUUUGGACGGGAUGCCAGGGUUGGAGGGCACGCUCCGGGCGCGGAGAGUGGGUGGUUGACGGAGAGGAUUGACAAGGCUGCGAAGAUGCUGGGGAGUUGUCCGCGGGUUGAUUGGGGGUGA